AUGAUUCCUGUAGUCUAUGGCAUUCGUCCUGGGCAAACAGUUUGGAGAAGCCAGCCCUUGAGUGUAGCUAGGAGGCGGUGCCAGAUUUAUAGGAACAUAUGUCAGGCUUCGGCAACAGAGCCACAUAGAGCUGGGUAUAUAAAAAAAGCCCCGAAUGAAGCCCUAAUUUUCAUCAGUAGCUGGCUAUCUCGAAUCCCAUACAUAAACCCUAACGCAAUUGUCUUACAACGAUUAGAAAAACUUGGAGUCGAAGGUGCUGAGCUUACGGGCUCCUCGACAGUCGUUGAGCAGGUGCUCCCUAAUGAAUUCCAUUCAAGAAUCACUCAAGUUAUUCCACGUCUUACAGAAGGUGGCGCUUUUGUCAAGUUAUCCCAUGGCCCUGAAACUACAGACUCAGAUAUCAUUAAAGCUGUAACCCGCCAUUUGGAGGAGAAUCCCGUAAAACCGUGGUUUAGUCUCUUCAACUCCGCCAGCGCUGCCCUUGUGCGAGGGCGCCCUUGGGUGGAGGACUUAUCCUAUCGGUUUCCGAGCUCAAGGGUUAAAAUUGAAUUCCUACCCGCAUCUCAAGAUGCACCCGCAGCAGAGCUUACUCAAGAGUCCCUUUACUCACUCACCAGGACGUAUGGAAAAUUGACCGACAUCAUUCCGCAGUCAGCGGAGUCAAAAGUUGUACCAAGAUACGCUCUACUUGACUUUUCCAAUCCGGUAUCCGCUGUCAUGGCAAAAAACUGCCUUCAUGGGUUUAAGGUCCCUACAGAAGAAGGUGGAGGGAAAGCAGGAACGGUCCUACAAUUUAGCUACGAAAGAAAAAUAAAGACACAUUGGAUAAGGGACUGGAUAUUCAGUCAUCCUCGAAUUGUGCUUCCCAUUCUUGUUGCGAUUUUGGCCGCAGUCACUGUCGCUGUUUUUGACCCAAUACGAACUUUUUUCAUAAGGCUUAAAGUUUCUCCUCCGCUUCAGCUACAGGAUAACAGGUUAUGGAUGUGGGUUCAAAGACAGGCUACAAAAGCUAACUCCUUACUCUCGCUCCAUCGUGACCAAUUUCAUGAAUCGAAAGGUCUUAAUGAGAUCUGGGAAGACAGGAAAGAGGAUGCCCAGCAAAUUCAGAACUGGCUUGUGGAAGGGAACGAUACCUUUAUUGUUGUGCAUGGGCCACGAGGUUUAGGAAAGAAAGAGUUCGUUUUGGAUGAAGCCCUCAAAAAUUACAAGAACAAAUUGGUAAUUGAUUGCAAACCCAUCCAAGAGGCCCCGGGCGACAGCACCAUGAUAGCUGCCGCUGCCGCCGAGGUUGGCUACAGACCAGUAUUUUCCUGGAUGAAUAGUAUCAGCAGUGUGGUUGAUGUUGCAACACAGAGCGCAAUUGGUACCAAAGCCGGGCUUUCUGAAACUUUGGAUAGUCAGCUUGGUAAUAUAUUGCAAAGCACUGCCAAGGCACUGAAAAAGAUUGCGUUGGAUGGAAGGAGGAAAGGAGACAAGGACAGCCACUUGAAUGAUGAUGAAUGGCUGGAGGCAAACCCUGCUCGUCGGCCAGUAGUUGUUAUCGACAACUUCCUCCAUAAGAGCAAGGACAACCAGAUGGUCUACGACAAACUUGCAGAAUGGGCCGCAGCAUUGAUAUAUACCAACAUUGCGCAUGUUGUUUUCCUCACCUCGGACCUUUCUUAUUCCAAAACUCUGAGCCAGGCUUUGCCAAAUCAGGUAUUCCAUCAAGUAUCGUUUACGGACUGCAAGCCUGAAGUGGCUAAACGAUUCGUUUUAAGCCAUGUGUCAGGUGACGACGAUGCUAAAGGUGUGGAUUAUGCGGAUGAAAGGUUUAAUGAGGAACUUGGCGAAUGUAUCAAGAGGCUCGGGGGCCGCUUGACAGAUCUGGAGUUUUUCGCACAUGCCGUUCAACAAAUAGUACACCAGUCCGCUGCAGAAAUCCUUAAAAUAUUCAUCACGGAAGUUGAUUCAGGCUCCCGAGGCUGGACUCCUGAACAAGCAUGGUACCUGAUAAAAAAACUAGGUCUUGGGGAGACUCAGACAGGAAAGUAUCCCUGCCCUGAUGCAGAAGAUGAAGCCAGUGUCCGAUACAGUGAUAUAAUUCUCUCCGACCUUUUCAAGAAGGAUGGUGAAAAUACCCUUCGUGCUCUUGAAAAAGCAGAGCUCAUCACCGUCAUUUCAAAGAACGGGCGCCCUUCGAUAAUCAAACCUGGAAAACCUGUUCUCGCAGCUGCCUUCAACCAGCUGGUUGAGGAUAAUGUACUGAGGAGUAGGCUUGACCUGAGGAUACUCAGCCAGAUGAUUGCAAUGGAGAACCAGGCUAUCAAUAAGAUUGAAGAUGAACUCCGGGUCCUGGGCUCCUUUUCAAAAGAGCCUAGUGAAGCAAGAAGAAGGAUCAAAUGGCUCUUGACAAACUUGGCCCUGAGCCAGGCGAAGGUUGAUCAAUAUGAGAUGGAGAGUGCGCAGUUAAAGCUGGUUCUGAAAACUGAAGUUUAG